CACAGUCAGCUGAAAACUGGGCAUCCCGUCCGCUCUGCCAUACAUAAGCAGUUGAACGGCAGAUUAGUACUACGGUGGGUGACCACGUGGGAAUCCCUGCUGCUGUAUGUUUUGUUUUGCCAGUGCAGGAGUCUCUCUCUUCCUUGCGGCCUUCUUGUUUUUGGUGAUCUCGCUGAAUCAAGUCUUUUUGCCUGCACGACCUAGAUUGGAGGAUGUUCAAGCUUUUUGAGCAACAUACACCAUCUCCGAAAAGACCCCGUCCUCAUAAGCCAUUAUGAUACGGAUCGAUAGCGAAUAUUACCAAAUGGCCAACAUGGGCCAGAAAAGAGCGAGGCACAUGUCUAAGUCGCUUCAAAGAGUGUCUUCGGGAGGUAUAAGCGAUAAAGACAACCAGGAUCGUCAGCUACACCGAUGUCGU